AUGGCUAUCAGAAUGAAGGCUCCUGUGUGUCUGAUUGAAAACCAUGAAGAUGGUACCCUCCAGGUCAAUUCUGAGGCUGCAGACAUCCUUUCCAGUAUAGAUCAGCCUGUGGUGGUGGUGGGAAUAGUAGGAAUGUACCGUACAGGGAAGUCCUACCUGAUGAACAAGUUGGCCAAAGCCAAUAGAGGUUUUGAGCUAGGGGCCACUGUGCAAUCAAAGACCAAAGGUAUCUGGAUGUGGUGUGUCCCCCAUCCCACCAAGGAGGACCAUACGCUGGUUUUGUUGGACACAGAAGGUCUGGGUGAUGUGGAGAAGGGAGACAAGAGCAAUGACAUGAAUAUUUUCUGUCUGUCCGUCAUUCUGAGCAGCGCUCUGGUCUACAACAGCAAAGGGACCAUCGAUGAGGACGCCAUUGAGAAACUCCGCUUUGUGAGUGAGCUGGCCGAUUUCAUCAAGGUGAAAUCGAAGGACAAUGAAGACGAGGAGGAUGAGUUCUCCAGACACUUCCCCAUCUUCAUCUGGGCCGUCAGAGAUUUUGUCUUGAAGCUGGAGUGUGAUGGAAAGAAGAUCACUGAAGAUGAGUACCUGGAGAAUGCCCUGGCACCGCAAACCAGUGAGAGGAUAAACGAGCGGAACCAGUGCCGAGGAUGCAUCCGCAUGUACUUCAAGACCCGCAAAUGUUUUGUCUUUGAACCUCCCUCCGGGAAGAGCGAUGUCCUUCAGAGGAUGGAUGAAGUGUCGGAGGAAGAGCUCAAUCCAACGUUCCUGGAUCAGACUGAGAAAUUCUGUACAUACAUUUACAAAAAUGCUGAUGUGAAAUAUUUGGAUCAAAUUCUCACAGUGAAAGGGAAAAUGCUGAGAAAGCUGGUGACCCUCUACACAGAAGCUAUAAUGUCUAAAGUCACUUGCAUGGAGAAUGUAGUGAUGAGUAUAUCUAAGAUGGAGAAUGAAGUGGCUGUCCAGGAGGCAACUGAGCACUAUGAGAAGAUGAUGAAAGAGAGAGGACGAUUCCCCACAGAGACAGACCAAGAGUUUUCUGAGCUCAGCGCACAGUGUGAGAAAGAAGCUCUUCAGAUAUUCAUGAAAAAGUCCUUCAAGGACUCUGAGCUCAGCUUCCAGAAACAGUAUAUGGAGAAAAUGGAGCAGAAAAAAAGUGAAUUUUCUGAGAUGAAUAAGAUGAAGUCCCUCAAACACUGUGAGGAGCUCAUUGGAAAACAUUCUAAAGGCCUUGAUGAAGCCGUGAGACAAGGUCUGUACUGCACUCCUGGAGGGCACCAGAAGUUCCAAGAGGAUAUGGAGCAGAUAGUGGAGAGAUACAACAAGGAACCAGGGAAAGGUCUACAGGUCAGUGCUGCUGUUAUUAUAUCGGAAGAAUUCCGAAGGGGGUGUGUGGGAGUCCGCCUUUAUCGAGUCCCAGGUGAGGAUGUGCUGGCGUUGGAUGCGUGGUCUGCGUCCGCAAUCGAGUCCUGUGAGGACGGCUGCGAGUUCGGCCCUGCUGGGGACGACGCCAUUUUGGCCGGGGUGCGUGCUGAGGCCGGAGUGUUCGCACCGCGGGAACGGUUGCGGAAUGAGAUAUCACGGUUGGAUGAAAAUUCCUCUUUUCUUUCUUAUUUGACAGAAAACAAAUCACGUAGCAAAAUGGAGGAACUGGAGAGGAAACUACAGGAAGCAAAAUCGGCACAAGAGUCUAAAAAAGAUGAGCAUGAAAAGAGGACCUUUGAGAUGAACCUCACAGCAAGGCUGGAAAAGCAAAAGAGUGAGAACCUGAUGCUCCGGGAAAAACUCAACUUUAUAAUGCAAGGAAAGGAAAGAGAACAGGAAUUGUACACCAGACAGGGGUGUUAUGAUGACGCCCGCAUGUACCACCAACAGGUUAAAGAUUUAAAACAAGAGACGGAGGAACUGAAAGGAACAUCUUGGGUGGAUUCUGCAGUUAAUACGUUCUGCUCUGUUGCCCAAUGUUUUUCAUGGCAGGGUGUUCUUGCUGCAGGAGUGGCAAAGAUUGUACGCGGUUUCUUUAAGUAG